CACAAACAAAAAGUAACAUGUAUAGUUGAGAUGAGUAGGGAUAGUGAAGUAACUUCACAGUCCAACAUAAACAUUUUUUAUACCCAGGCCUAGAUUCUCAAUUCUCAAUUCUCAUUCUCUUCUCUUCUCUUUUGUGGUUCAGAUUUCGAUUAGUAAGAAAAACUAUGGCAAAGAAGAAAAACUCCAUGGUGUUUAUGGAUGUGUCUGUAGAUGGGGAUCCUUAUGAAAAAAUGGUUUUUGAGCUUUUCUACGAUGUUGCUCCAAAGACUGCCGAAAAUUUUCGUGCACUGUGUACCGGAGAAAAAGGAGUAAGUCCUAAUACUGGAAAAUCACUGCACUACAAGGGUUCUUUCUUCCAUCAGAUCUUAAAAGGCUCCAUUGUUAAGGGUGGAGACUUUAUCAAUCGAAAUGGGACUGGUGGAGAGAGCAUAUACCCCAAGUUCCCAGACGAGUCUCCUAGGCUAAAGCAUGAUUCUCCAGGCCUUCUAUCUAUGGCGAUUGCUGAUCGUGACACUCUUGGUUCACAUUUUAUCAUCACUUUGAAAGCUGAUCACCAUCUUGAUAGGAAGCAUGUGGUUUUUGGCAAGCUUGUGCAGGGGUAUGAUAUAUUGAAGAAAAUUGAAGAUGUAGGCAAUGAAGAAGGACUACCAACCGUAACUGUCAAAAUAAUUAAUAGCGGUGAACACAAUGAGGAUGGAAAGAAGACACACAAGUCAAAAAUUGGAAAGAAUGCAUCUUCUGAAGCAAAUAGUCAUGAAGUGCGGAGAAAGGGAAAGCAUAAAAAAUCUUCAGGAGACAGAAGGAAGAAGAGAAAACAUUACUCAUCAGAAUCAGAUAGUUCCUCAGAUUCCGACUUGGAAUCUUCUGAAAGUGAUAGUGACUCUGACUCAGAUUUGUCCUCGUCAUCUUACACAAGUUCAUCUAGCGAUGACAGGCGAAGGAAAAGAAAGAGAUCUAGGAAAGAUAAACAUAGACAUGGAAAAAGAAGAGAUAAACGUCGAGAAAAGAGGCGAAGGAAACAAGAUAAGAGAUCAAAACGUAAAUCAAGGAGGGAAUCAGGCAGUCAUUCUGAUGCAGAUAGUGCAAGUAAGAGUAACGAUAAUUCUAACGGCAAAGGUCUUGAUACUCAAGAGAAAAUUCUGAAGCAAAAAGAUCAUUCUCAGAUAGCUGCUGAAGUCCAGUCAUCCUCAGUUUUGGAGAAAGAAUUACCUCCACUGAAUCAUAAAAAGAGGGACGGGGUGGGCAUGCUAGAUGAGGAAGAAUUACCAAAAGAAAAUGGAGCGCAGCCUAGCAACGGCAUCAGGGCCAACUAUAGACCUGACAGAAGUGAAGAGAGGCAGCAUGACGUGAUGGAUGAUAAUCCAGGAAAAUCUAGGAGUCGAAGCAUGAGUCCUAAGCAAACCGUGAGCAAGAGUAUGAGUAUUAGUCCCAAGUGUGUGUGCAAAAGCCCGAGCAUUAGUCCAAAGAGGAGGUUUAGCAGAAGUCCAAGUGGUAGUAAAAGUCCUCGUGCUCCAUCGCAGAGGAGUUUGAGCAGGAGUCCUGUUAGAAGCAUAAGCAGGAGUCUAAACAGAAACGUCAGCAGAAGCCCCGUGAGAGGGAGGAAGGGGAGAAGUAUCAGUAGAAGCCCUAUGAGAACAACACACAUUCAUAAAAGUGUCAGCAAGAGCCCUGUGAGAAGUCCCGAUCGUAGAAGUCUUAGCAAGAGCCCUGCCAGAUCUGUUUCUCAAAGCCGCAGGAGUUCUGCCAGAGUAUCAUCACGAAGAACAGUCAGUAGGAGUCCUGUAAGAAUGUCAAGAAAGAGCAUAAGCAGGAGUCCAGUUAGAUCAUCUGCCAGAAGUCUCAGCAGAAGUUCCGGCCGAGUUCCUUUGAGAAGCAUUAGCCGAAGUCCUGUCAGAGUGGCAAGCAGAGGCAAUCACCGCAGCUAUUCCAGGAGUCGUAGCCCUGUUCGUAGGGCAAGGACACCUCGUGGGAGGAGUCUGUCGAAGAGUGUGUCACCUGAUGCUUCACCAAAACGUAUCAGAAGGGGAAGAGGUUUCAGUGAAAGAUACUCUUAUGCUAGAAGGUAUAGAACCCCCUCUCGGUCUCCUGUGAGGUACCGCUAUAAUGGAAGGAAUGACCGUGACAGAUAUUCAGGAUACAGAAGGUACUCCCCUAGGCGUUUUAGGAGCCCACCGCCACGGAGAAGAACUCCACCAAGGUACCGGAGUAGGAGAAGCAGGACACCGUCUGUAUCACGAAGCCCACCUUACCGAGCACGAAGGUAUAGCCCAAGCCCUAGCCCAGUUCGCAACCGCUCACCUUCUCGUGUGAAUAGGCGUGCGUCAUCAUCCCUCAGCAGGAGUCCAUCUCGAUCCAGGUCUUCUGUGGAAUCACUAUCUCCAAGGAAGCUAAGCAAAGAUAACAGGUCAAGGUCUCCUUCUAGAAGCUCAGACGGAAAGAAAGGCCUGGUCUCUUAUGGAAAUGGUUCUCCUGAUUCAAGCUAAAGGUGAAAUACCGAAUUCGGACCUUUCAGGGAAACCUCACAGCGUUCAUUUUUUAACUUCACAUACUGCUUUACCUGCUUGCUGGAAUUAGUUACUGUUACAUAUUCUUCAUGAACCAAUGCUAGGAAUUUGAUUUAUCCUCAUAGUAAGUUGAAAUGGCAUGUUGAAAGAUACUAGGUACUAUAAUAAGUUUGACUAUACAUGCCAUACUCAAAUGCAGCUUUAGUAAGUAUCAAUAUUUGCUCGAACGUGUGGGUGUAGUACCCCAUCCAUAUCCCCAGUUAUCAGUAUCUUGUAGCAAGAAGCAUGAGUUUAACUGGUGGAGAUUUGGCCUAUCCUUUAUGGUUAGUAUGCGAAUUGAUCCUAUAUAAGUGUGAAAAUAUUGCUUUAGUAUUUUCCUAUAUGUAACGUUUAAUUUUCAUGAGUAUUUUGUCAGAGACAUUCUUUUCCGA